GCCCCGCCUCCGGCCGGAAGUGCGCCGCGCCGGCAAGAUGGCGCCUGCGGCGGGCGGUUUGCGUCCUCUCGGCCGCCCGUGGCGCGUGCUGCUCUUUCUGUCACAGUUCUACGUUCUCCUGGGCGGCGAAAGUACCGAAAUCCCACCCUACGUGAUGAAGUGUCCGAGCAACGGUUUAUGUAGUAGACUUCCCGCAGACUGCGUAGACUGUGCUACCAAUUUCUCCUGUGUCUAUGGGAAGCCCGUCACUUUCGACUGUACGGUGAAACCUUCCGUUACCUGUGUUGACCAAGACUCCAAGUAUCAGAAGAACUUCGUCAUCAACAUGACUUGCAGGUUUUGCUGGCAGCUUCCCGAAACGGAUUACGAGUGCACCAACUCCACCAACUGCAUGACAGUGUCCUGUCCCCGGCAGCGGUACCCGGCCAACUGCACAGUGCGCGACCACGUGCACUGCCUGGGUAAUCGUACUUUUCGCAAAAUGCUGUACUGCAAUUGGACUGGAGGCUAUAAGUGGUCCACCGCCCUGGCUCUCAGCAUCACCCUCGGUGGGUUUGGAGCCGACCGCUUCUACCUGGGCCAGUGGCGAGAAGGCCUCGGCAAGCUCUUCAGCUUCGGCGGCCUGGGGAUAUGGACGCUCAUCGACGUCUUGCUGAUUGGAGUGGGCUACGUGGGACCAGCAGACGGCUCGUUGUACAUUUAGCUGUCACUAUGCUUCAGAAAGGAGCACUGUUUAGACAAAGCCCUUUGCCUGUAGGAGUUCCUGUGGUAUGAGUGAUGUAUUCAUGUUUUAAUGUACAGCAUCUGUACUUUGCUCGCCUUGAUGAAGGUAAAAAUAAAGAAAUGGAAACGGAA